GCAUGUAAAAGCACAAGGCUAUGAAUGCUUUAUUCAUGGACUCUUUCUUUCCAGCUAAAUACAGUGUCAGAACAGAGAAGCUAAUUUACAAGUCCUUCCACAUUGCAAGAAUUUCAAGGUAAUCACCAUGACAGAUACAAUUUUUAAUAAUGGAUCAGAUCAGUGGGUGUGUCCUAAUGACAGACAGCUUGCACUUAGAGCAAAGUUGCAUUCUGGUUGGUCUGUGCACACAUUUCAAACAGAGAAACAGAGAAAGAAUCAGAGCCUGGAUCAAAAUGAAGUUGAUGUAAUUCUACAGGUCAUCAGAAGAGCUGAAAAAGUGGAUACACUGGAACAGCAGAGAAUCGGACGACUUGUGGAGAGAUUAGAAAAUAUGAGGAAAAAUGUCAUGGGGAAUGGAAUGUCUCAGUGUUUACUAUGUGGGGAGCUUCUUGGAUUCUUAGGCACCACUUCUGUCUUUUGCCAAGACUGUAAAAAGCCGAUCUGCUGCUUGAGAGGACAAAGCUUCAGCAAAGGAAACUCUGGAGAAUGUAACCUGUUCUAUAUCUGGCUGCACCUUGGGUGGGACUGUAUUGGACGUUCAUAGGUGGUGCCUUGUGGGAUCUGUGUUCCAAAACAAUGAGCUUAUAUAACAUUCCUGUCAAAAGAUUAUUAAAUUCUCAUUUAUUUAAAAUGAGAUUUUAGCUAAUGAAAAUGAAGGGGUCUUGUUUGGCUUGUUAAAUACAUGAUGGGAUAUAAAUAUUCACCAUUUAUCGCAAACUAAUGUCACACUCUAACAAUUUGCUGUAAUGUUUCAUGGCAUAGUCUUUUUAACUUUUAAUGAACAUUGGCAAAACUUGAUUAUUUGUCUAAUGCUCUUGUUCAGUUCUGCAAAAAUCGACAAACCUGAUUUAAGAACUGUUUCACAGAACAAAGUUGGGUUUAUAAUCUCUGAAUUUCUGAAUUAAUACAGUUCAUCAAGUGGCCUGUAUUUUUAUGUUAAUUAAUCUAAAAUGCCGGCAUUGGUGUUGAAUUUAUAUAUAUAUAUGUAAGAUAGGAAUGUGUUGAUUUUUAUUAUGGAUUUAAUAAGACAAUGUAACUCCAGGUUUUUCCUUUUUAAUGAGUUUUGGAUAUCUAGUUAGCAGUAACCCUUGACUGCCUCUUGUGAUGGGCUUAGUUUGUCCGUUAUGCCAAUAACAAUGACAAUUCAGCAACAGCAGUACAUGUGGAAUUUUAUGUUUUAGUGGAGUGAAAUAAAAUAUAGAACUGUUUG